AUGUACCUUUUACCUAAUUGUAUCGACGAUUUGAAAUACAGUGACUUUUGGAAGAACACGGAGGAGCCUUCGCUUAAUAAAUUCUUGAGUUUCCGAUUACACCAAAAUAAUUUGGAAGAAAGCGAAGUGGAGCAUCGUCGGUAUAAAGAUGAACUGAAGAGUAUUAGUAAUUACUAUGAUGAAGAAUCUGAAAUUGGGAAGAAGGUGUUGAUAUGGAAACAAAAGUUCAAGGCAAGUAUAAAUUUAUUUGUUGAUUUGACACUAUGCCAUCGCCAACUACCAUUGUUGGUUGCUUACUGGCAGGGGAAAGGUUGCUUACUUGUUGUGGGAAAGCGCGAUAAAAACUCGGCAGAGGUAAAACUUUUCUGGGAAUUACAAGUGAAAAAACAAGAUAUUCUUAAGGAGAUCAGAUUGCUUGAGGAGAGAUGCAAGUUACUUGAAAAGGAGCAAACCGAAAUGGAGAACAAAAUGUGUCUUGAACAGACCCAACAUAUUUUGCAUGCGACGAGAGAGACCGUAGAUCAAGGCCUUUCACUACAAAGAUCAAUUGUAGAAAAAUUGAAGAAACGUGUGCUGGAUGAGCCGUAUGCAUCUUGCGAACCACCAAAAAGGAGGUCCAAAGUCACUAAUAGUGAUAUAAUCGCAGAAUCUCAUUCUGAAUCUAAUGCAGAGACCGACAUAACCGAAGAUAGUGAUAUAAUCGCAGGAUCUCAUUCUGAAUCUAAUGCAAAGACCAACAUAACUGAAGAUAGUGAAAUAAUUGCGGGAUCUCAUUCUGAAUCUAAUGAAGAGACCGAUACAGAAGUGAUUAACAUAACUGAAGAUAAUGCAGAAAUCGAGAGUCUCACACAGAAUGAGAGGGAUAUUCGCAAAAAAUUACUUGAAGUUUUGAACACAAUCCAAGACAAAGAAAGAAAAUCUAAAGAGGACCAUAUGUCAUCAGUAUACCUAAAUAAUAUAUUGGAUUUGUCCGAUUUAGAAACACGCAGAAGAGUUGAAAAUUCUUUAAAUGAAGAUCAACACGCAUGGCUUAAUACGAUUCUUAAAAAACAAACUUCAGAUCAAACUGAAGCAUUUAAACAAUAUGUUGGACAGUUUAAUGAACGUGUAUGUAAUAGGAAACAAAUCCCAACUUUGGUUCGUAAAUCUUUUAUUUUAGAUAGAUUCGAUUCCUAUUAUUAUGAGGACUACGAUAUUGCUCACCAAAUACUCGAACACUGUGCCACACGAUUAGAAGCUCAUAUUAGCUAUGAAUCAAAAAGUUUUAAUUUAGAACGAACAUUCGCGAUAGACACUGUAAUCUAUAUCUUAAAUCGUUUAUUCAAGUUUCAUCAAGAUGUUUUAGACAGUGGGUGGAUUGAAUUGACUACUCCCCACACAAAAAAACAUAAAUUUGAUGGAUUAUUUAAAGUAAUAAGAACAAACCUGAAGAAUCAAGUCAUAAUUGUCGUUGAAUUUUCAAGUGGCAGAAAAGCGUCAUUAACUAAAGAACAUAAUGACCAUGUUAAAUUAUGUCGAAAUGCGAUGAGGACUUUAAAUGCCGUAUUACAAACCAUACCUAGGGAGAAGGCGCGAAUUUACUUGGUACAAUUUGUUAACAGCUAUCUCAAAAUUGAAUAUAUGAUCCGUCCCUUACCAUCAGUCUAUCUUCUUAACUGUUUUAUGUGCACCAAAGUGCCCGAGACCUUUGAUGAUUUCGAAAAAUUUUCUAAAGAUAUGGCUGAACUAAUUAAUUGGCAGGCGGAUGUCUUAUUCACGACCAAGGAAAUCAACAAAAUUCCUUACAUAGCUGGAAACAAUAAUGUCUGCACAACCCCAUUAGAAGAUACACCGAAAAAGGAUAAAAAAGUCAUAAAGAAGGCCAACGAUUCAUAUCCAGGAUCACCAUGUCCAGGAUCACCGAGCUCGCCAUUGAUAUAA